GGGACGGGAGGCUCGCAUGAGUUUCCACCGAAGUUUCUUCUCCCCCCCGUAGCCAUUUUGGCUCGAGCAGUUUUGGGCCAAGGCCAGGACAGGUUAGUUCUGUUCAGUUGAAUACGGAGGGGUUCCCGACCACCAGAAGCUCAGCCUGACAGAAUGAGCGACGUCACGGACACCUGUGUCCUUGUCUGCGGCGGUGGCAAUGCCGCGCAAGUGGUGACCGGCCUGCUCUCGGUGAGGUACAAGACGAUUGCAGUGUCCUUCUUCGCAGACGAGGCCGAGAAGUGGAAGACUGCGCUUGGGAACGAUUCGUUCGAGCUCACGGUUGAAGGCGCAGCUGUCAACAAGAUUGUCUCGAAGCCUGCUGGCAUCACAAAUGAUCCGUCAGUGGCCAAGGAUGCAGACGUCAUCAUCCUAGCCGUGCCAUCUUUUGCUCAUGGUGAGUAUUUUGAGAAGUUCGCUCCUUACAUGAAGCCUGGAACCAUAGUCGGCGUCAUGCCAGCGCGGUCGGGCGGAGACAUCCUUUUUUCUUCAAAGAUGGGAGAAAAGGCCAAGGACAUGGUUUUUGUCGGCUUCGAGACGCUGCCAUGGGCCUGCCGCUUUUCCGAGUGGGGCCGAAAGGCGACAAUCCUUGGCACGAAAAACACAAUCCUUGCAGCUGUGACUCCACCGUCUGCCAAGGCGAAGGCACUCGGCACACUUCAGGGGCUGUUGGGUGUCUACCCGUUCAUCGUCGAGAGCCCCACCAACCUGGGCAUCAGCCUCCGAAACCCAGGCAUGAUCGUGCACCCAGGAGUGAUGUAUGGCCGCUGGGGGCCCGAGUCUUGGGACGGCAAGGCGAAGGCAGAAAAGCCGCUUUUCUACCAGGGCGUCGACGACUUCACCGAGACGGUCCUGCUCGGCAUGACGGACGAGGUACAGGCCGUCUGCCGCAAGAUGGAGAAGAUGGUGCCGGGCUUGUGCUUGAAGGAUGCCUGCACCCUGAAGCAGUGGUAUUUAGACUGCUACGACGGCCAGAUGACCGACACCUCCACGCUGAAGGGCUGCAUGAACACAAAUAAGGCCUACGACGGGCUCACGCACCCCUGCAAGGGCGAGGCGGGCAACUAUAUGCCCGACCUGAACUACCGCUACCUUGCCGAGGAUGUUCCCACGGGCCUUUGUUUUGCAAAGGGCAUGGCUGAGAUCCUCUCGAUGCCGACACCGACGAUCGACAAAGUCAUAACUUGGGCACAGGGUUGCAUUGGCCUGGAGAUCAUGGUGGAUGGGAAGAUGACGGGCAAGGACUUGGCCAAGACUCGCGCUCCACAAGGUGUAGGCAUUACAACCCCGGCUGAGUUCAUCAAGUUAGCAAAGUUGGAGCCGAAAGGUGACGGUGGGUCUUCUACCACGACCUGUUGCGUCUGCAGCUAAGCUUCUUUCCUGGCAAGCACGGGGACUAAUAACUUGUUUACUCCGUCCGAGGCGAAUGCCCAAUUUUUGCUGUGGUGGCGGAGUCCCCCAAACGACGUCGAAAGCCAUCUCCGAGCGGGUGUGGUGCUGCUGUCGUUUCGAUUCGUCGAGUAAUUUUCAAUCGCGCCAAAGCGAUUGCUGAGUCCAUGGAGUUCGUCUCGUUCGAACGAGCGAGUGCGGAUUUUCCAUCGCUCCCCAGAGCAGGUUCGAAUUUUCCACCGACCCAAGCGGUGCGUUUGCCCACGAGUCCAUGACGACAUCAACGUACUUGACCGUCGCCAGGCAUGCGUUGUAAAUUCGCCUGGCUAUUCGUAAUCAUUUUAAUCAUCAUC